GGGAGAAACAUGGCCGGGAGCAGUGAAGCGGCGCCAGGCCACUGGCGAGGCGUAGUGGUUAUGGACGACUGGCCAGGGUAUGACUUGAAUUUAUUUACAUACCCACAGCACUAUUAUGGAGAUUUGGAAUAUGUCCUCAUACCUCAUGGCAUCAUUGUGGAUCGAUGGAUUCCUUGCAGUGGAAUUCUGAGUUUUAUGGAUAUUAUUGAAUAUGUAGGAUGCUGUGAACUUAGGAUCAUGUAUGUGCUUAAAGGAGGUUACAGGUUUUGUGCGGAUCUUAUAGAACACAGUCAAAGUUCAGAUAGAUAUGUCUCUAUGAAGGUUGAUUUCAUCAGACUAAAACGUUACAGGAACGACCAGUUCAUGGGCGAGAUGCAGAUGAUUGGAGGCUAUGGUCUUUCAAUACUGGCAGGAAAGAAUGUCCUCAUUGUUGAGGAUGUUGUUGAAAUGGGGACCAUGAAACCGCUGCUCGGCAGCAUAGAAAAACACAAGCCCAACAUGAUUCAGGUGGCCAGUUUGUUGGUGAAGAGGACACCUAGAAGUCAUGGCUUUAGACCUGACUAUACUGGAUUUGAGAUUCCAAACUUAUUUGUGGUGGGUUAUGCCUUAGAUUACAAUGAAUACCUCAGAGAUCUGAAUCACAUACGUGUGAUCAAUGAACACGGCAAAGAAAAGUAUUGAGUCUAAAGAAGUAAAUUCUCUCCAGAUAACAUCAUACUUACAACUACAUUCAGGAAGCCACUGUGUGAAGUUUGUCUCCCCAGGCGUCCUCACUCAACAGGGUAGAAAAGAAAAAAAUGUUUUAAUGACAGAGCUUUCUUUUCUGAGAUUAUAACAUAAAGAGCAUCAAAAGUUCUUAAGGAAAAGAAAGCAAUGUUUUCAUUUGACUCGAUCCAAAUUAAACACUCUGCCUUAUGACUCAUGA